UCAUCUCUGGCCGUGCCUUCUUGUCAUUACUGAGCUGUAUUUAUUCAGCACUAUAAAAGGGAAUCUGCUGUUGCAUCAGCCGGCUUUUUCGAACUUGACCCCAGUGGUCUGUUUUGUAACAGAUCUGUGUCACCAGAGUGUGUCAACAUUUUCUGAAGAAUUUUCGGCACAGUCGUCCCUCCUCUUCCUCUCACAUCGGCUUUAUCUGCCUUCCCUAGAUUCAUCUGAUACUCAGUUUUCAACACUGCCACGUAUCCACAAUUCACACAGAGCAGUUGUUUUUUUUUUGUUUUUUUUUUAAGACAGAUCAAGCGCUGCUGUGAGUGUGCUGUGUUUGGGUUUGUGAGUGAGGAAGCAGUGUGGUUGUCGGCUCAGAGGUUUCAGAGCUGAAACACUUCCUCGUCCUCCACAUUUCACGCCGGCCUGCAGGCAACACCAGCAGCUCACGAUCCGUCUCAGAGAGCGGGCUGACCUCACAUGUGACACACCGACUCUCCAGCUCUGAACUGUAUUACACUCUCAUUUCAGCUAUAUUAUCAGUGUGAAGUCUGUGUGAGACGUUAAGAAGCCUUGGUGGAAUGUAAAAAUCUGACGACUUGAAUAUCAUUCAAUCUUCCUCCCUCCUGAGUGAUGCCUCGUUCAUUCUUGGUGAAGCGAGGAGGGUUGCACCACCACCGGCCCAUAGCAAGAAGCCCUGAUCCUGGAUUGACGCUGGUUACGUUCAGCCAGCUUGGAGAACAGACGGGGUCCUGGGAUGCAUCCCUGGAGUACUCCGCAGUAAAAACACCUGAUAUUAAUGCAGUGUCCAUCGCAUUAUUGCAGCAAGACCUUCAGGCUGCCAAACACUCUGAUGGAAAUGGAAACCUUCCUCCAUUUAGUCCUAUAUCUAACGACUGCAGAUCUGCUGAGCCAUGCUUUCCUGUCAGCUCAAAGACAUGUAUCCCCAUGGAGAGAGCAGAGUCUCACCCUCCCACACCAGAAGUAUGGUCCCGACCUCAUGUGAGCUCAGGAUAUCCAGACAAAGUGUGUGAGGGACUGGGAGACAUGACUCAGCACCCUCAGAUCCUGAGGGAGACCAGGAGCCGAGGCAGCUUGAAGAUCGGUGCUCUGAGACAGGAGUGUCCACUCUGUAUCAAAAUAUUUUCCUGUUUGUCAAGUUUGAAGACUCACAUGGUCAAGAGUCACGGAAGCCGAGCACCUCUGUCAGCAGCACACAUCAAGUCCAGCAGGACAGACAGACCUGCUGAGCAGUCUCUAUGCAGGGGCAAGGAGAGGACGUUCGGCUGCUCAGUGUGUGGGAAAGUAUUCAAGCGCUCCUCCACCCUGUCCACUCAUCUGCUCAUACAUUCAGACACCCGGCCCUAUCCCUGCCAGUACUGUGGCAAAAGGUUCCACCAGAAGUCUGACAUGAAGAAACACACCUUCAUACACACCGGGGAGAAGCCUCAUGUGUGUCAGAUAUGUGGGAAGGCAUUCAGCCAGAGCUCCAACCUCAUCACCCACAGCCGUAAACACAGGGACGACCGGCCCUACCGCUGUCUUCGCUGCCACUACAGCUUCCAGCAUAAAGUGGACCUGCGGCAGCACCAGGAGCACCACUGCGCCUACCGCUGACUCUGACGCGGCCGACUCAACGUCUUCAGCCUUCAACCAGCAGAAACACAUUCAGGACAGAAAGCUACUGACCGUGUUGUUACUACCAUGAAAUCUCAUCUCACAUCCAAUGCUAUAAUGGUUUAUAUUUGACAUUUGACUGUCUUGAAGGACACUGAGAGGAGACAGAUGCUGUUAUUACUCUGCUCAGAAACAACACAGUAAUUUGACUUGAAUCCCCUGUGUACGUAUUUAGUAAUACAAGUCCAGAAUUGUACUGUUGUGAGUUACUCUCAUUUUAAUAGUGUUUCAUAUUUAUAUCCAAUAAGUGUUGCCAUUAUUUGUGUUUUGUAUUCUUUUUUAAAUUGACAGCAUGUCAACAGCUUUGAAAAAAAUGUGGUUCUAAUGGCAUCACUAAAGAUCAUUAGCAACAAAGUCAAUUCAAAGAUGUUUUAUGUUCUUUUCGACACGAUUUGUCCAUCUUCUCCGCAGAUCUGUCAUUAUGUUAGUAAAAAACUUCAAGGAUUAUGUGCAGCUUAAUUUGUCUUUGAAAUGACCUCAAUUACCACUUUAUUUAUCUCAAACAUUGUUGUGAAUACCCCAGUAUAACUUCAAAUAAAAAUAUUCUGCUAUUUUUCUAACAACCAGUGGUAAUUUCUUUACAAUUUUAAUCUAUAACUCAGCAGGCUGCUAAAUGUAAAUGAAUCGUCACAGCCUAAUUUCCAUCUUGUUUCUGCCCAACUUCUACAAGGCAGUAAAUUGAGGUAAAUGGAAGUUAGACAGAAACUACUCACAAAAACAAAAUGGCAUGAUCAACAGAAGUUAAGCAGAAACCAGUUUGAAGUUUCCUGGAAAUGUAUGAAAAGAAUAAGCAGCUACUUAUUAACUGCUUGUUGUUCAUGUUAAACAAUAUUGGAGUAAUUGUUCGAUGGAUUUUGAGGCAAAUAUUGUGGUAAUCUGAGGGUAACAUCAAAGCAAUUUCAUAUACAAUGAUCUAUAAUAACAACCUACUUACCACGAAAUAUAUGGACCUGUAAAAUGAAGUAUUACCAUUUUCCCUUUACAUUGUACAGAUUUUGCAUUGAAGGAAUGUUGAUUUGACACAGAGUGGUGACACUACAUGCUUUAUUACAUCUCUCACUUUGUAAGCAGCUGAAAGCAACUGCGAUAAUCAAUGCACUAAAUCAGCCGUAUUAAGCAAAUUAUGUAAAUCAUGAAGCAGCCUCAACAACAGUGCAGUUACAGUCGUAAAAAAGGAUACAGUGAA